UAUAUAAAUAAACUAGGUUCUUGUUCAUACAUAUACAUAUAUAUUUCUUCAGUUAAUCAACUUGUCAUUCAUAUUCUUUGUCCUCAUCUUCAACUACUAUUACUACUCACUCGUCUUAGCGUUUUUACUUUGGCUACAGUGUCUCUAUCUGUUGCCAUGACGAACACACCGACACCAACCGCAAGCGCUUCCUGUUCUACGGUGAAAAUCGGUGGCAAUGAAAGUGAUGCUCCUGCGAUGUUGAGUUCCGAUGUUAUGUAUGCUGCUGAGCCAGUUGUCGAUGGAAACAAGAUGAAAAUUUCUGUUCCUCUUAACAGGAUGAUAAGCAAGGAUGGUGUUGUUGUUUCUCCAGUGACGAUUGAGGUUCCUAUACCGAGAACAAUGCUGUUACCAGAAUCGGGGAAGUGGCCUGAUCAUGCUCAGUUGUUGUUCCAGAACCGCAUGAAUUUUAAGGAGAGUGGGAAACCUGUGAGGUUUCUGUUCUACAAGGAUGGCGAGUGGUCGAGAUUCGGGGCUAGAGUGGUUGAUCUGUUGAGUUCAGCCUUUGUAAGUGGCAAGGCUAUGUAUGAGGUGGAUAUUGGAAACUUUAAAUUUAUAUUUGAUUUUUAUCGUAUGAUAGCUAUUGAUUUUGUUAGGGGGAUAGAGAUGUUUAUAGGUUGGAUGGAUGACAAUAACAAGUGGUAUUUUCCUAAGGUUGUCUUUGAGGGUUCAGAAGACGCGGCGAGUCGCAAGAUUGAACUGGAGUUAAGAACCACUGGGAACAAGUCAACUGGACCAGAGUUGGGAAAGAGGAAGAGGGAAAGCGAGGAGAACGAAGGGGAGAAGGGAGAAUGUAGUUCAUUGCACAUGAAAGAUCAGCGUGUUGUCGACACUCAAUUGCUGCCACCAAAGUGGCCAAGGACAAGGCCACUGAGGGAAGAGGAGACACUGAGUCAAAUGAUAAAGGGUUUAAUCUUGUCUUUUUUGAGUGCUGAUGCAACAGUCACUGGAGUUCAUCAGUGUCUUAGAAUGGGUCCGCGGUUUGAGGCUUUUCAAAACACUGUGGAGACCGUAAGGAGAGCUAGAGGGGAUGCUAAUGUUGAGUACGCUUGGUAUGGCACAUCGCCCCAGAAUGUGGACUGCAUUAUGCAUAGUGGCUUUGAAAUGUCUAUGAUUCCAAUCGGUUCUCAUACUUCUGGUCUUGGUAUAUACUUAACGCCUAUACACUCGCCUCAACUUAGUGAAAUGAUGGCCGAGACAGAUGAAAAUGGUGAAAGGCAUCUUAUUUUAUGUCGAGCUGUAUUGGGAAAGCUUGAACAGAUUGAUUUCACAUCUGAGCAACUGUCUCCGUCAAGUGAGGAUUUUGAUUCCGGGGUGGAUAACUUGACGAAUCCAAACUUAUAUGUGGUGUGGCGUAGCUAUAUGAAAACACACAUUUUACCUGUCUGUAUAGUAAGCUAUAAAUCCGAGCUUCUAAUGCCAGGUCUACUGGAUGGUGAUCCUCUUGCUCAUAACGCAUGGAGUACAUUACUAUCCAAGCUAACUAGUUGGCUUCCACCACCAAAAGUGCUGGAGUUGCAAACUUUGUAUGACUCCUAUAAGGUAAGUUUGGAUUUCCCUUUUUUUAACACUGGGAAAUCCAUGGCUGAGAUGAGGCUAUUGAGACUAGGUAUCAGUGUGCCUCCAGAAUGUGCAUUCUGUAGGCUACAUGAUGAAACUUUUCAUCACUUAUUUUUUGGAUGUGCUAUUACAAGAGAAAUAUGGAGCAGGUUGUGUGUAUGGCUUGGAUCUAACAGACCAGUCCAGGACUGGAACAAUGAGGUCCGGAUGGCAUGUAUUAAGGCAAGGAAGAAGAAUGCAUUAGCAGAGAUCUACUGCUGUGUUUUUGCUAUGACUGUUGAUGUUAUAUGGAGGGAAAGGAACUGCAUUAGAUUUCAGCAGACUAGGUUCGCUAGUGCAAAGGUGUUGAAGGAGAUCGCUCUCCAUGUUUACGUCAGGGGAAGGGAGAGGUUAAAAUGGCAACUGUGCUGUGAAGGUGAAGUUCUUGAAGUCUCUCGAGGUGGUCUUGUGGUUAUGAAGGCACGCAAGUCUGGGACGCUGUAUACACUGUUGGGAUCUACUAUUACAGGUGUUGUUACUGGUUCAAUUUCAGAUGGAGACUCAUCUGAUUCUGACCUUUGGUUUGUUCAGUUGCUUCUUGAACGUCUCCAUCUGUUUGUAACAAAAUGUAGUUACCUUGGUGUCAGGGCUAAUCGGAUAGCCGGAACAACUGUACUUGGCAAGUGGGGUGCUUACAGUUCAGUUGUAUUUCCGUAUCAUUAG